CAGUGAGCAACUUCCUCUCUCCUGCCACAGACAUGGCGGCUUUUGGGCGGUGUCUGUUCGGUCUCAGAAACACCCUAAAGGUCGGGGUAACCCGGGGCUUGUUGCAUCCCCAGAACAAACCUGGGGGGCAGCUUGACUCGGCCCGAAACAUGCUGGUGUCAAAAUCAGGAGCCAUUUUACCCAAACCUGAAAAGAUUUCAUUUGGUCUUUUGAAAAUCUUCGUUGUGGUCAUUCCUUUUCUAUACAUGGGCACGUUGAUCAGCAAGAACUUUGCCUCGCUGCUGGAGGAACAUGAUAUCUUUGUCCCAGCUGAUGACGAUGAUGAUGAUUGACUCAGGGUUCCACCUCUGUUCACAAGCUUGUCUCGUUUGAUUGAAAUCCAUGGGAGCCAUUAUCUGUACAUACUGAUCCUGUAACUAAUCGCCCAAAUCUCUCGGACUGAAGAGACGACUUCUCUGAAGAGAGGAGUAAUCAAACGUAACCAUAUUUUGCAUGUGUUACACAUAGUCUAUGUGUGGGGUGGGGUUUGGAUCAAGAGGGUACGGGGGAGACAAUCAACACUCAUUAAAAUUAGGAUCACUCUCAAAAAACUUAUCUAUUCUUAGUUAGAUUAACACUUAAUUAGACCAGGACUACUUAUGUUUGAAUUGUAUUUCUACUUCCAACAGUACAAAACCCAGGCUGGACUUCAGCACUUGUAAAUGUCCUGUUGCACUAAAACUCUUGCUUUUGCUUCAGAAUUAGAAUUGGAUGGUAUUGGUGCUCUAUGGAUGCCUUUGAAUUAUAGUUUCACUAAAUGCCUGCUAUAUGAUCUGCAGUUGGUUGAAGUGACCCAACAGUUGUCAGCACUGGGUCAGGGAUUAAAAACUCCUUACUGGUUCUUCAAAUUUAUCAUCUGCAGUUUGGAAUCAGCAACAGGGCCAGUGGUGGUUUGGAAUAGAAGGGCUUGAACUCUAUAUUGGUUAAGGGAUGUAUAAUUUCCACAACUAAACUAAUCAAACGAGAAAAAGUACUUCCUUGAAACAAGUAACUGAAAUUUAGAAACAUUGAGCAGAGUGAAAUGUGAUCAGUAGUUAAUUUUUUUGGCCCAGAACUAAGUAAUACUUUAGAAAGUUUAGAUCAUUACAACCAGUAACACAGAGAAAUUAAUGUAAAGAAAAAUGGAACGAGAUUCAGGCUGGUUGUGUGCAUCUGGACUUUCGCAUGGGUUGGGAACGUGUGAUAUGCUGCCAGUGAGUGUGCACAUCUGGUGUGUAACUGGCUGACUGCUGUUUGCUUUAUUUCGUGCAUGAUGUGUGGGAUUCAGCCACAUUACCUCUGGUUUAAAGAUUUGCCGGUGUCUUUGAUGGAAUGUGUUUCUGUCACCCACAGCAAUAAAACUGGUUAAAUCUGA